AUGACGAUGGAGAGCAUUCAGCUCGCACAGAUGCUCGCUGAUUUAAACGAGCUAUCUACAGCGGAAUCCCAGGCCGCCGUCAAGGUGGUCACUGUGAACAAGGCCAACUCGUCCCCAGCCCCGGUCGAUGCCGACAAACCCGCCGAGCAAUUGCAACGACCCGCGCUCCGCGGGUCCGGAGGCUCGGGGGCUUCCGGCGGGUCGUCGUUUAUUUCGAGAACCGCUUCGCCAGCCAAGUUCGACAAGUAUGGCCGGCGCAUCCUGACACCUCCCAACACCCGGUCAAACUCGACUUACGGUUCGAUUCCUGGAACCCCGAAGCCAGAGGCCGAUGACGAUGUUAACCAAGCCAGCUCUCUCAUGGCGCUCUACGAGAUUCGAGCCAAGUUGAAAGACCACGACACCAACAGGAACCUCAGCAAGCUCCGUGAGAAGAUCGAUGCUUUGCACGCAAAGCAACUUCAAACCGAUAAAAAGGACGGCGAUGCAAGCAAGAUGAAGAUUCCAUACCCAAAGAAAUCCUGA